AUGAAGACCACCACCAACCUCUGCCCGGGCAGCAAGGCCGUCUCGGACCCGCUCAUCCUCCUGGGGCUGUCCUUUGACUUCUGCCGCCUCUGGCGCUCCCGGCAGAUCUUCAGGCAGCUGCUGUGCCGCCUCUCCCACUACCUCAGGGAGGGCUGCACCUGCCGCGCCAUCUUCCACAUCACCGCCCUCACCGUGGAGCGCUACCUCGCCAUCUGCUUCCCCCUCAAGGCCAAGGUGGUCGUCACCAAGCGCCGGGUGAAGGCUGUCAUUGGCGUCCUCUGGGCCUUCACCUUCCUCUCUGCUGGCCCCUCCUUCUUCCCGGUCAGCGUGGAGCAGCCCAACAACCACACCGACUUCAGCUGUGAGUGCAAGCCCACCCCACCGGCUGUGGAGUCCGGCCUGCUGGCCACCAUGUUCUGGGUCACCAUCUCCUACUUCGUCCUGCUCCUCAUCUGCCUCAACGUCCUCUAUGGCUUCAUCGGCCAGGAGCUGUGGCAGAGCAACACCCACCUGCGGGUCACCAACGCAGUCCUCUGGGAGAAGGGGCACCGCCAGACUGUCAAGAUCUCGGCUGUGGUGGUUCUGGCCUUUGUAAUUUACUGGUUGUCUUUCCACAUUGGCAGGAUCAUACUUAUAAACACCCAGGACACCAGGAUGAUGCUGUUCUCCCAGUACUUUAAUAUAUUCGCUCUGCAGCUUUUCUACCCGAGCGCAUCCAUCAACCCUAUCCUCUGCAACCUCACUUUGAAGUUCAGGGCAGCAGCCUACAAGCUGCUGUUGCCACAUCGAGCUGCAGAAAGGGCUUUCAUGGUAACGAAAGAUGCUGGUGGCUACACAGAGACCAGUGCUAGCACAAGAAAUGAGUACGCCACCAGCUUCUGA